CUCUCUCUCUGUCUCCCUCUUUUUCUCUCUCUCGCUCCCUCUCUCGCUCUCUCUCUUCCCCACACAAUGGGCUUCAGAACAGGCGUCGAAACAACAUAGAGCAAAGGAGCAACAAGAGUGGAUUUGUUAUGACGCCUGAAAGACUCGAGCCUCCCGUGGCGAGUGAGUCCUCGUAGUCGGAGCAUGACAUGUGCUAGAGAGGUGAGGCACUGGGAGAUCAGGCCCACGGCUGCUCUGUGGUGGAUCAGACACACCAAGGCCCUGAUGUGGCGGCGGAUCCGGGGACUUGUCCGGGCCUUCCGGCGUCGUGUUGGAUACCCAGUGACCUACAAUGACCCGGUCCCAGAGGAACAGGAGAUGGUGUGCCUUGAGCCCAUGGGAUCAGAGCGGAUGGAGAUGCGAAAGCGGCAGAUGUCGGUGCAGCAGGAGUCGGCAGCGGGGGGAACGGCACCGGCCCAGCAGGGCCAGCCGGGCCAGGCUAACCCACGGGGCUCCAAUGCAUGUUGCUUCUGCUGGUGCUGCUGCUGUAGCUGCUCUUGGAAUGAAGACCGGGAUGAAAGGAACCGAAAGGCUUCUUAUGACGUCAAGGAAGAGACCUCAGACUGUGAAGACUGCCCGAAGCCCACGCUGGAGGAGGUGCGCACGUGGGGGCAGUCGUUUGACAAGCUAAUGUGUUGCCCAGCGGGGAGGAACGCCUUCCGGCAAUUUCUUCGCACCGAGUUCAGCGAGGAGAACAUGCUCUUCUGGUUGGCCUGUGAGGAGUUCAGCAAAGACGCCAAUAAGACUCCAGUAGAGGAGAGGGCUCGUGUCAUCUACGAGGACUACAUCUCCAUUCUCUCGCCUAAAGAGGUCAGCCUCGACUCCCGUGUGCGCGAGUCCAUCAACAGGAACAUGCAGGAACCCAACUUGCAGACGUUCGAAGACGCCCAGCUGCAGAUCUACACACUAAUGCAAAGAGACUCGUAUCCCCGCUACAUGAACUCUGCAGCCUACAAAAACCUGCUCAACACUCUGUCAGAGCAGUCCCCCGAAUCUUAGGGUGGUGAUGACCUGUGAUAUUAUAACUGUCUUUAUCCACCCCCCCUCCCUCCCAUCUUUAUUCCCUUUUUUAAAAUUUUCUUUGUAUGUUCAGUGUAGGAUUACACGAACCCGGCCUCGGGCCUGGCCCCUCCCAGGGAUUUCAGUGCUAUUGUGAUCUGCACCCGACCGAAGACACUCAGGUCUCAAAACUCCCGAGGGCUCGACAUCACAAGUACUGCUACAGAUCAACAUAGCGAAACACUCCAAAGGAAUAUGAUUACUAUUUGCUUCUGUUUUAAUUUUUCUUUCUUUUGAUAGAAAUAAUUUAUUUUAUUUGUGUUGAGAGUUUUUUAUGGUCUGUUGUUUUUUUGUAUGAUCGUUUGGGGGGAAAUGAUUCCUAUUGUAGACUAUAUAUAUACACAUACAUAUAUAUAUACAUAUAUAUUUAUGAGUUUGUAAAUAGUAAAAAUGGAAUUGUGGGUAUUUUAUGUAGAAACGCCUGGUUCUAUUCACUGCGUAUGAAAAUCAAAGCUCAAGUCGAAGGCUACGCGUUAGCUCUACUUGCAGGCAGCUUUGUGGGGUACUGUAUGAUUUGACCUUGGUUUUACCGUUUUGUUUUCUAACCUCACACUUCGGUACCUGUGACAGUGACUUGGCAACUCCAGUUUGUGUAAAAAAAGAAUGUGUGUGAUUGAGAAAGCGAAAGGUUAGGGUUAGGGCUAACCCUAUCAGGAAAGUGAGAGAAAGUGACGAUGGCUUUAAUCAAUUAUAAAAGGGAAUUUCUACUUUCUAUACUUCACCAUGGAAUAUUGCCAAUUUAAGAUAGAUUUUUGUAUUCAAGUCCUACUCAAUGAAACAGUGUGAAAUAAGAACCCAAGUAAUUCUAUUUAAGAGAUAGAGAGAAUUAUUAUUUAUUGAUAUCUAUUGCCAAUCCCACAAGUUCAAAAUUAUAUUUCGGUUCUUUUGUGGAGUCAUUUACAUAAAAUGGAGAAAUGUAGUUAUAUUUUAUGGGUUUGUACUUUCCUGAUAAUUUCUUGGAUGUUUAUAACCUAAUUUCAUAAAAUAAUUUAGGUGGACAUUUAUUUAAGAAUUUCCCUAUUUCAGCCAAAUUAAUGUUUGUUAAAUGUAGAGCUUCAUCCAGAGGCUGGAUAGCUUAGCCUAGCUUAGCAGAAAGACUGGAAACAGAAGGAAGCCGCUAUCCGUCCAAAGGUGACUGAAUCUGCCUUUUAGCAGCUCUGAAGCUUGAACACGAUAUUCUGUUUGUUUUAUCCUAGCUAGCCGUUUCCAGUUUCCCUGUCCAAAUGCUAGGCUAAGCUAACCGGCUGUAGCUUCAAAUUCAACCGACCUGAGUGGUAUUGAUUUUUUGAUCAAAUAAUUUAUUGAUUUUUACCAAUAACUAGAACAUUAAAACAGAAAAACGAUGUGGUUAUCACGUGGGACGUUCUUUUUAAAUGACUGCUACAUCACAGAAUGGUAAAUUUGAAGUGUCUGAGGUUGACGUUGUUUGACCCCUGGUGGAGUCCUCUGUGCAUCAUCUUGACUUUAAAACCUCACCUGCAGUGUGGAGGUGACUUGUGGUUGAAAUGGACUCAGCAGAAACACCAAAGCCACCACGUCCAUUGGGUUGAUGCGUUCAACGGGAGCGUCUCCAUCGACUGAAAUUGGAGUUGCCAAGUGUUAAAUACGUUAAUGUAUUCUGAUAGUUUCAGUUGAAUUACUUUGUUGCCUCACAAACGUGUCACUCAAAGACAAGAUCCUCUCGUGGGGAAGUGCCUUGACAUUCGAUUUUACGACAUCUUUCUCAUGGGCAACAGUUGUUUUCAGACUUGUGCCGUAAGAGUGGUCACCGGAGCAUCAGGCCAGGUUACUGGUAAUUGUCCCUCUCUUUGGCCAAAUCAUCACACGUUUUGUCUUGAUUCCUUAGUCGUGACCACACUGGCCCAUUUUGGUAGAGCUACCAAACAGUACGGCGGAGGGUGACCGCCACACGUCUUUGUUUGCUGAAGACAAAAGGAGGUCAACGGACGGGGCUGUUUGGUCGGAACGUCACGCCAGCCCGUCUUCUUCAGGGUGGCACUUCUACUUGUCUUAGAAUAACUUUAACUUACUAUGUGCAAUUUGAGCUGAUGGAUACACCGAGCAGAUCAACCUCAAAACACAAUCCAAGCCGCCGGUUUGGAGCGAUGCCUAUAAAUGUUGUUUCUUCUUCUGUUUACUAUAUGAAAUGUGUUAUUUUGCGCUGGGAAGAUUACAUUUAAAAAAAACAACAAAUAAUGUGAAUGUUUACAGUAUUUGGUUUCAUUUCUUUUUCUGCUACUCUCCAAGAAAAUAAUGACUUGUGGGCAUUUUGAUUAAGAUAAAAUAAAGCACAAUAAUUUUA